AUGGUGAAGCCAACAUACAAGACAAGGAAGGCAUCGCACCAGACCAACGCAGAGGCUCAUGUUCGCUGGUUAACAGCUUCGGAUGGCCGUAGUUCGAGCGACUAUAAAAUUCAUAAGGAGUCCACACUCCACUUCAUGUUGAGGCUUGGUGGUGACAGGCAGAUUAUUGUCAAAACCUUUACUGGGAAGACAAUAACCCGUGAAGGUGAAAGCUCCAACACCAGCGAUAAUGUUGAAGCUACAAUUCAGGAUAAGGAAGGAAUCCCACCAGACCAGGAGUCAACUUUGCACUUCGUGCUGAGGUUGCGGGUAGGCAUGCAGAUUUUUGUGAGGACUCUAACAGGAAAAAUCGUCAGUUCGUGUUGA